CUGACCUGCUCCCUUGCCCCCAGACCCUGUCCAUGGUGGGCCGGGGGUACCUGUCCCCUGACUUGAGCCGGGUGCCCAGCACCUGCCCCAAGGCCCUGAAGAGACUCAUGGUGAACUGCCUGAAAUUCAGCCGAGAGGAGAGACCCCUCUUCCCGCAGAUCCUGGCCACCCUGGAGCAGCUACAACGCUUGCAGCCCAAGCUGGAGCGAAGUAUGUCGGAGCCGUCCCUGCACCGCGCCUCCCACCCUGACACCCUGCCCCCCCCUGCCCCCCUGCGCCCCCUCGCCUAGCCUGGACAGGCGGACUGCCCCACGGCAAGGACAGCUGCCCCUGGGGGCCGGCCACGGCCCAGGGCUACGGGAUCCAGGCAUCCGGCAGCUACAGCGGGAGAGGAGGCCAAGCGCCCCCCCGGCCAGUCACCCCAGAGGAACUGUGAUCUCAUGGAGAUCCAUGUGGCCCCCUCCCCGGGGGCAGAUUCCACCCCUCGGGGCAAAUUGAGGGUAUUUCUAGGCGGGGAAGAUGGGAAAUAAAUGAGACCUGUUAUGAGGCAGGUGCCCGUG